AUGUCUAAGCCAUUUGAUCCCGAGCAGGCUGAGAACCUGGAGGAUAUGGAGAAGCAGUUCGCUGUCAAGGCUGUCGAACACCUCAUGACAUACUGGGCGAUCCUCGAGAAGGUGAAGGGCUCGCAGCUGCGCCUCACCAAGAUGGACGACGAGAUCUACGAUUCCUUCAAGGCCGACUUCCCCGAAUUUGACCCCGCCGCGCCCCUCAACGAGGACGAGAUGAAGAGCAAGGCUGGCAAGGAGAAGUGGCGCAACUGGAUCAACAAGUUCGAGAAGAAGAUUGAGGAUUUCAACUUCGGCACGAUCAUUCGCCUCCGCCCCGAUGUCGAGUAUGACGAGGAUACCACCCUCUUCGGUGUUCGCAUGCAAUUCUACGCUGUUGAGAUUGCUCGUAACCGUGCGGGUCUGAACGACUGGAUCUACGAGCGCUCCCAGAAGGCUAGCUCUUGA